AUGUUUGCAACAUAUUGCUUGGUCGAGUAUUUCGAAAUCGUUUAUAAACAGGAAAAUGGUGAAUUACAAAAGAAACCCAACAAAUGGCCCCGGGCGUAUACUGGAACCGUAGUGAAGCCAAUUGAAUUAUGUUUACUAUCUGACGGUAUACCUUUAAUGAGAAAAUGUCAAUAUAAUUCGGACACAUCUGCGGCGGAAUGGGAGGACAUGGAUUACAAUGAUUAUCAAUGUAUUGGUUAUACAAAUAAGGAAAAUUCAAUGACAUUUGAAUUACAUAAAAUAUAUAAAGACAUUAAAAGCUAUUCGACGGGUAGAAGUUUUACGGAACCCACUACUAGAAUAUAUAACUAUUUAAUGAAACACCCCAUACACACAGUUGCCGAUUUGGAAAUAUCGCUAAGUCUGUUGCAGGUAUUGACAAGGUCACGCGAUAUCAAUGUGCUACCAACAAUUUUGGAAAUUGCAAAUGUUCUCUUGCAAACUGACGAAGAGGUCAUUUUCAAAUUUAAUCAAUUAAGUAUUACCACUACUUCCAAUUUAUUGACCACAUUGGAAACUUAUCUCAAUCCAAUGGCCAAAUCUGCAAUUCCCCCACGAAGAUGUGACAUGAAUUUUUCCGAUAUUAAACGCUUCGAUACAGAAAACAUAAAGGUAUUCUUUAUACGUCCCAUGUGUUCCAAUAUAUCCGGUAUUGUGGUAUCUACAAGUGAAGCAGGACCGCGAUUAAAUGAAACGUCCCAAUUAAAUUAUGAUCUGCAGUAUUUCUAUGUGAAUCAGUCAAUAAACGAUGUUUUAUCUCAAUCGAAUUUUGAACUGGUUGCAUAUGUACCCCAGAAAUUGUGGAAUUUAGUGAAAUGGGGGAUGUAUCGUUUGAAAUUUUCUUGGUAUAAAAAUUCAAAUUAUUUUCUAGAUCCUAGUGAGAAGAGAUAUAAUGUGUCUGGAAGUGCUUUACUGGUUGCUGUACCUGGUCUUAAAGAAUUUCAACCAAAAUAUAUACCAGCGGAUAUGGUGGAUAACAAUACAAGUGAACCCAUACAAUGUUUUCAGUGGAAUCAAAAAAUUUGGGAAAAGUCAAGUGAUAUAUCAGAAAAAUCCAGUUAUCUACAACUUUGUCGACGAAUAAGAAAACCAGUACAGGAGAAUCAACAGGCUACAUUGACAUCCACAUCACAUACAACACGUUUCAUACGUUCCAUCGUCAGUUGCAUUUUGUCACUGUUCGGCUUGUUCUGUAUACUUUUAACAGCGAUUUUCUUUGAACAUUGGCGUCAUCAAUUCUCCAAUAAGCUGCUACUCAACAUUUGUGUCAUUCUAUUACUGGUCACCACUUACUUUAUGCUACUGAAUAUGCCGAAUGUUCGUUCGGCAAUAGAGAACACCGAACAUCCUCGUCGCUGUAUUGCGGUGGGUGCCUUUUACCAAUACUCCAUAUUGGUGAUAUUCUUGUGGAUGUUGGUUAUAGCCUUGCUGCAGUACAAACGUUAUGUCUGCGUCUUUGCAGCCAAAUUGGCGCGCCAUAAUAGUGUAUUUUACGCUUUAGCGGCCUGGUGUCUGCCGUUAGUACCCACCAUACUGGUGGUAUGCCUGGAUUCACAAUCGUACACCCGAUAUUUGAGUAAUGCCGAUGGAAAUCAUUAUCUUUGUCAUCCGACUGGAUUGAGUUGGAUUUUUGGUCUACUGCUGCCAGCUGCUGGCAUUAUGUUGACGUGCUUUGCCAUUUUCGGCUACAUCCUGUGGAAUAUAAGACGUGCUUCGAAAAGAUUUCACCUUACAUGGGAGCGGGCAGAUGUCAUUGAACAUGUUCGCCGUUCGAUUAUAUUGAUUUCGGUCUUGAGUGCUUCAUGGAUUUUCGGACUGUUCGGACACAUGGAAACAUAUACAUUUUUUGAAGUUCUAUUUUGUUUCACAUCAACGCUGCAGGGUUUCUUCUUGUUUAUCUAUUUUGUGGUAAUGGAUAAAUCGGCUCGUUCGCAAUGGCAGGUGUAUUUAUGUAAUAAACGUGUGAAUUAA